AUGGUUCCCAAUCCACUGGAAUAUCACAAUAUGACCGACUCCGAAUCCGGGAAAAGAAAGGCUUCCACCGCCGGACUCUCCGGUCACAAUCGUCCCGUGAAGAGACGCGCGUCAAAAGCCUGUUGCUGUUGCCGCGCCCGUAAAGUGCGCUGUGACGUCGUCGAGAAUGGUUCUCCCUGUACGAAUUGUCGUUUAGAUCAGGUUGAAUGCGUGGUGACCGAGAGUAAACGCAGAAAGAAAUCUCGCGUUGAGGUAGAGAAUCACUCGGAAUCCCCAGAGGCCUUGGACGAUAAUCCUUUCCACCGUCUCGGUGAUCUUUCCGGAUUGCCGGAUUUGGCGCCGACGUCUCCUUCGCAGUCCUCGGUGGAUUUGGACCAGGGCCAACAUAUGCCCCAUUUACUAUAUCAAAACCAGGCUCAACGCAUUGGCUCUGAUGACCCCUAUCGACGUCGCAUGGCCCCUAACCCAGCAGUGCCUGCGUCUAUGCCGUUAGCAAAUGUGACUACGCAAAUCCAGCAACUCUUAGAUCCAAAUUUUGGCAGCGCCCGGCCUGCCAGUGGAUUCCUCCCUGACUACAUUCGAGGACUCCCUGCACGACUACAAAAAGAGGAUAUCGACUACCUGGCAGCCAAGGGUGCCCUGACUAUCCCCGACGCAACCCUACGUAACGAGCUACUGAAGAGCUACAUCCACUAUGUUCACACGUAUAUGCCCUUACUCGACCUGGAGGAGUUCCUGCAAAACAUCGUUCACAACGAUGGUAUCCACCGCAUCAGUCUGCUUCUCUUCCAGGCCGUCAUGUUCGCCGGUGUGGCUUUCAUUGAUAUGAAGCACCUGCAGGCCGCUGGCUACCAGACCCGCAAGGUUGCUCGAAAGGUCUUCUUCCAGCGUGCUCGUCUUCUGUACGAUUUCGACUACGAGGUUGACCGUAUCUCGCUCGUGCAGUCGUUGCUGCUCAUGACCUACUGGUACGAGACACCCGACGACCAAAAGGACACCUGGCAUUGGAUGGGUGUGAGCUUGUCUUUGGCCCACACGAUCGGCCUGCACCGAGAUCCCGGAAACUCACGGAUGGAUGUGCGUCGCCAACGGAUGUGGAAGCGGAUCUGGUGGAGCACCUAUACUCGCGACCGACUGAUUGCUCUCGGCAUGCGACGCCCCAUGCGCGUCAAGGAUGACGAUUGCGAUGUGCCGAUGCUAACUCUCGAUGACUUCGAGUUCCACCCUUUCUCGCCCGAAAUCGUGGCCAUGGUUGGUAACUCGGAGAUUCUCCAAAAUGUCAGCCAUCAGCGCGAGCUGGCCUUGAUGUUCAUCGAAAAGGCGAAACUGUGUCUCUGCGUCAGCCACGUCUUGUCUGCACAAUACUCGGUUCUCAGCCAUAAGUUUGGUGGCACCAUGGAGACCACCAUGAUGCUCGUCCCGAAGAAAUCCACAGCGGAGACCUUUGAGGUCCGCAGUUGUGACCAGGAACUGGAGGACUGGCUGGCCAACCUCCCCAUCGAAACCCAAUAUACCCCCUCCAGUGGAUCGAAGCUAUCCGAAGCAGACGAAGUGCUGCAUUCUCACCGUGCCUUGUUGAAGAUGGUCUACCUGACCACAUCCAGCGCUUUGCACCGCCCACAAGUCCUUCCCGCCAUUCCCUGCCCCUCCACGGAUGCAGAGCUCCAAGACAUGUCCCGGAACAAGGUGCGAUUUGCCGCAGUCGAAAUCACCGCUAUCGCCCAGGACCUGCACUGCCUCGACCUGACCCGGUACUACCCAACCACCGGAGUCACCGUCCUCCUCCCAGCAGUCAUCAUCCAUCUCCUCGACAUCAAGUCCACCGACCCAAGCAUUCGCAUGACCAGCUUGCAACGAUUCUACCAAUGCAUGCGCAUCCUCCAGCGCCUGCGCGAGAUCUACGCCUCUGCAGACUUUGCCACAUCCUUCCUCGAAGCCGCCAUCCGCAAAGCAGGCAUCCAGCUCACCGUCUCCCCACAAGACGUCCAGUCUUCUUCCUCAUCCUCGCGUGCCCGUGACCAAUCCACUACCGCAGAUCCCCUCGACACCACCACCGACCCCUCCCGCCUCCAUACCCUGACGCCCCCGCCGGAUUCCCUUGCCCAGAAGAUUCCGGACCUCACAUAUCCCAAACACUCCGGUCCUUCCGCGGGCGGACAGUCUACCGGAGGCCUGUUCGCCUCGACACCGCCCCACUCGGACGGAAGCGAGAACGGGAGCACGAACAAUAUCAACCAUGUCAGUCAUAACAAGGACCGCGAUGCCUUUGCUAUGCCCUCUGAAAUGAGCCUCACCGAGCUCAUGGAUCUGGCAAACGACGCCGAAGUUACGCAGAAUGACUUCGAUGCCCUUGUCAACUUUGAUGAUUCAGGCAAUAAUGACUUCUUUGCCGGUGACAACACGCAACAUAUGGGUCAGGAGAAAGGGUUCGAGUUUGACGUUGAUAACAUGAACAUGAUGUUUGAUGGCGACACUAAGCCCGUUGAUUUCACCCACCUUGUGGAGACCAGCUUACAUGAGGGCGAGGUCUCCAACGUCGCAGAAUGA